AUGGCGCAAACAAAGCAGGGCGUCUCUAAGAUCAACAAAGCGGCGGCUGCAGCAGGUCGCGGUCGCGGUGGUGCUCGUGGUAAAGAUAUAGCUAAUGGUGGCGAGAAGAAGCAGAUCGGGAUGACAUCUUUAGAGCUCCGCCAACUGAAAGUGGCCUCAGCGGAGUUUCAUCGUGAGCAACUUCGAGAGGCGGUUGGAGGAGGCAAGAAGGUAGACAAACGUCAUGGCGAAGGGAGUUCUGGGGUAAAUUGUGGCACUCAUCGUGAUGAUAAUGUGGAGGACGGGGUUGAUGGAGAGGAUCGCGAGCGGGACGAUGGCGAUGAUGACAGUGUAGCCGGAACCGCCGGUCAAACCAGUGCAGAUGGCGGCACUGCUGCUCGCGCGGAUGGUGACGAGGAUAAGGCCGGUGAGGAGAUGGUGGCGGCCGACGAAGAGAAGGACGAGGAAGAGGAGGGGGAUGCCGAGGAGGAAGAGGAGGGGGAUGCCGAGGAGGAAGCUAAGGAGGAAGAGGAGGGGGAUGCCGAGGAGGAAGAGGAGGGGGAUGCGGAGGAGGAGGAGGGGGAUUCGGAGGAGGGGAGUGGUGACGACUCCGAGGAGGAGGUGUACACCGGUGACGGAGAGGAGGCGGAGGACGACAACGCUGAGGACUACGACGACUUGGAAGAGGAAGGGAUGGAGGAUACAGAGGGAGAUGGGGGGGAGAGAGCUAAAAAGAGGAGGCGGGGUGGAAAUGGGAAGGGUAAGAAGGCAGCAGGCGGUCGAGGGUGGGGGGGGGGAAAGGGGGCGGCCGGGGGAAAGGAGGUGGGCGGGGGAGAGGGAGGGGGCGUGGUAGUUCCGGUGACUCACAUGCAAGGGCAGCACCUCAACCACUGGAUCAUAUGGUUGCGGAAGUUACAUGGUGGGGAGGUGGGCCAAAACGACCACUUCCCUGAGGGGGGGUAUGGGGUUGACGACGAGGUUCCGGACGGGGGCGUGAAAUGGGUAGGCGCAGACACUUGGCCAGCACCGCCCACUGAGGGGGUGCCAGCGAGGAAGGGGCAGCAGCUGAUCACGCAGACCUACCCCAAGUGCUUCGACAAGGACUACCUGCAGCAGGCCAUGUGCGAGUGCGUGGUCGCCACCGACCAGGCAUUCACUGUGGUGGAGCACCCGACGUUUCGCAAUAUGAUGGCGGCCGCCAAUCCUGAGUGUGCCGUGGAGAGAGUGAUUCCCUCGCGCUCCACCCUAGCCCGCCAAAUCAUCCGCCUGGCAGGGCUGGCAAGGAUCACGCUCAUGGAGAUGCUUGCUGCUGACGGGGUAGGGGCUGUUGCACUUACGCAUGACAUAUGGACCGGUGAGAAUCACCGGUCGUACAUAUCAUUGACAGGUCACUGCGUGAAUGAGAAGUUUGAGCUCAUGCAGAUAACCCUCGACUUCCGCGCUAUGCCCGGCAAGCAAAAUAGCGCGAGGAUCAUCGAGGUGCUGCUCGAUGUGGUGAAGGAGUGGAAAUUGGAGAAGCGGCGCAUUGCUGUGACAUCUGACAACGCGUCGGCCAAUGUCGCAGCGAUGGAGUUCUUUUGCCGUGGGGGGCCAACUGACCGUCAGCCGCCCUUGUUCUUCUCCGGGAUGCACGUCAGGUGCAUGGGCCACAUUUGCAACCUAGCAAUCCAGCUAGGGCUGAAGACAAUGCUCGAUAUCAAGGAGCCGCUAGGGAUCAUUAGAGACCUAGCGUCCUUCAUUGGGUUAUCGCCCAAGAGGACAACCCUGUUCGAGAAGAUCCAGAAGCGUGCGGAUGAGAAGGCGAGGAUAUUGCGUCUUCGCGGGGACAAUGAGGCAAUUCUCACCGCCAAGGAUGCCAAGCGCCUCCAGGCCCUCACCCUCUCCUCGGAACAGUGGUUGGCUUUGGAAGAGCUUGCGGCCUUCCUUAAGCCAUUCCAUGCCGUGAGCCUCGCCGCUGAGGGGUCCAAGUACCCCACGAUCUCCAGGGUUGUCCCGCAGUUCAAUGAACUGUUGGACGGCCUAGACACCCUCAAAAACAGUGUGUCCUCUCCCCCAUCAGGGGUCAUGAAGGAUUGCAUCACUAAGGCAGAGGAGAAGCUGAUGGAGUACUACUCGGACAGCAGUGAUGAGCUUUGGGUUGCCACCAUCCUUGACCCAAGCUUCAAGAUCGGGUACUUCGAGAUGGAUGGUGAGGGGGGAGACAAGGAGAGUGAGAGGCCGAGGGGGGUACAUCAUGUUGCGGUGGAAAGGGUGCUCGCCUUGGUAUGGGCGAAGUUGGUACCGUACAAGGCAAAGGCGGUGGCGGCCAGGGAGAAACGGGAGAGGGCAGAGGGGGCUGGUCGUGGUGCACGCGGAAGGGGAGGGGGGAAUUCAUCAGGAGGGAGCUCCUCUGGCCGUGGGGGUGGAGCUGGCAGAAAGGGGGGUGCUGCAGGCGGCCGCCCAGCCAUCGAUUCAUUCGGUGGUGUAGACGGGGAUAGACGGAGCUUGAGGGCAAGAUUAGAGGAGUACCGUAGCCGCCAGGAGGAGUCCGUCAGGGACGAGGUGCAGAUUUACAUUGACGAGCGAUUGGAGCCUUUGGGGUGCAAGUUGGGGAAGGCGGCGGCGAAACUGCUAGAGUUGGCGGAGGCGGAUGCCGUAGGGGUGGAGAUGGAUGAAGAACAGCCGAAGUGA